AUAAUCGAGCUUCCCGUCGUCAACCUCAUCGAACAACAUCGAAACCUCGCUCGCGCCAAACCUCACCUCACGAGCCGGAAUUGCAAUAACCCCUCAAUUGCGUUCGUCGCCAUCUCCUCUCCCUCCCUUCCCUCCAACACCCAGCUAAUUCCCUCCGCCCCAGCCACCAUGUCAGCAACCCCCCGUUUCUGGUCCCAACCAAUCCGCUACCUACGCUGGGCAGCGAUCCAAAAACCCGCCAUUUUCUUCUCCGUCAUAGUCGGCAGCCUGGGUCCCCUCACGGUGGCGGUCGUGCCGCCUAUUCGACGAAGACUGGGCGAUGCGCAGAGGCCGGAGAUUCCAUUUACGUAUCCCGUCCCCACGGGUCCCCGAAAAGAUUUAAAAGGGUAUGAGGAUUGA